AGGCUGGACUUGAACUCGUAGCCUCAAGUGAUCCUCCUGCCUUGGCCUCCCAAGUAGCUGGGACUACAGGUGUGUGCCAUCACACCCAGCUUCUUCCUUUGAAUGUAAAUAAGUUACCUGGGAGGACCAAUUAAAGAUGGGGGCCCCUUUCUGGGGGUUGCAAUCCAUAUUAGUGCACAAGGCUUGGCAGGUGUAGGGGACGCUGGAUUUUAGCUCAAGUCAAGCCUGGCCUGUGCACUCCUGCGUGUAGCCCAACUGUGGCAGCUCCUCCUUCACGUCUAGAUUCACAACUGCUCCCCAUCCCCAGCUGGAGGAGUUCCUGUCUUCUCUGGAUUCUGUGUCAUGGAAGUCCAAGGGACAGGCCUGGCAGUCCGGAUUCCUCUGUGGCAGCUGGCGGAGGGAGCAGCCUAGAACGCACGGAUGAUCAUCUUUGCCUGUCACAAGGGAUAACUUUUAUGACUGGAGGAGCCUUAGCAUUUGAAUACCUUGGGGUGAAGAUUGGGACCAGUGCCAACUUGCAAAUUUCUAAAUGGUUAGAACCAGGGAAGGCUCAGAAAAAAAUCUUUAAGCAGAGGCUGAUCCCUGACUUCUGGACAAUGACAUGGUCACAGGGAAGCCACAGAGUCCUGGAGGUGGGACUGGAAAGUGUUUGGGAAAAGAGGGUGAUGUGGAGUCUCUGGGCAAUAGUCUGGUCGAGAUGUGGCGGUGGAUGGUGAGCGCAAAUGCGGACCCUGCUCCAGGCCCCGAGGGGAAGUGAGAAUCUCAGCAGACCUCGUUCGGUUGGGAGGGAAGUGGGGUUUUGUUAGGGGAAGCCAGGUUUCAUCUUCAGGAAGGAGGUGGAAGAUGCGUAAAAACAAAAGCAAAAGAAGGGCCAUGUUCUGCAAUGAUUUAAAGGAAAAGUAUGAGAAAAGGAUCAUUAUUAAAGGGGUUGAUGCUGAGACCAUGCACACUCUCCUGGACUACACGUACACCAGCAAGGCGCUGAUCACCAAGCAGAACGUCCAGCGGGUCCUGGAGGCUGCUAACCUCUUCCAGUUCCUGCGGAUGGUGGAUGCCUGUGCCAGCUUCCUCACUGAAGCCUUGAACCCGGAAAACUGUGUUGGAAUACUGAGACUGGCCGACACACACUCGCUGGACAGUCUAAAGAAGCAGGUUCAGAGUUACAUCAUUCAAAACUUUGUGCAGAUUCUGAACUCUGAGGAGUUCCUUGACCUGCCUGUGGACACUCUGCACCACAUCUUGAAGAGUGAUGACCUUUACGUGACCGAGGAGGCUCAGGUGUUUGAGACCGUGAUGAGCUGGGUCCGGCACAAGCCAUCAGAACGACUCUGCUUACUCCCCUAUGUCCUCGAGAACGUGCGCUUACCGCUUCUGGACCCGUGGUACUUUGUGGAGACGGUGGAAGCAGAUCCUCUCAUCAGGCAGUGCCCAGAGGUCUUCCCGCUGCUCCAGGAAGCCAGGAUGUACCACCUUUCUGGCAAUGAGAUCAUUUCGGAGCGCACCAAGCCCAGGAUGCAUGAGUUCCAGUCUGAGGUGUUCAUGAUCAUCGGCGGCUGCACGAAGGAUGAACGGUUUGUGGCAGAGGUGACCUGCCUGGACCCCCUGAGGCGCAGCCGCCUGGAGGUGGCCAAGCUCCCGCUAACAGAGCAUGAGCUGGAGAGUGAGAAUAAGAAGUGGGUGGAGUUUGCAUGCGUGACAUUGAAAAAUGAGGUCUACAUCUCAGGCGGCAAAGAAACACAGCAUGAUGUUUGGAAAUAUAAUUCUUCGAUCAACAAGUGGAUUCAGAUUGAGUAUUUAAACAUAGGCCGCUGGAGGCAUAAGAUGGUGGUGUUGGGUGGCAAGGUUUAUGUUAUUGGAGGCUUCGACGGCUUACAGAGAAUCAACAACGUGGAGACCUACGACCCCUUUCACAACUGCUGGUCAGAGGCUGCACCCCUCCUUGUCCAUGUCAGUUCCUUUGCAGCCACCAGCCAUAAGAAGAAGCUCUAUGUGAUUGGAGGAGGGCCCAAUGGGAAACUGGCCACAGACAAGACUCAGUGUUAUGACCCUUCCACCAACAAGUGGAGUUUGAAGGCGGCCAUGCCGGUGGAGGCCAAAUGCAUCAAUGCAGUGAGUUUCCGGGACCGCAUCUAUGUCGUUGGUGGGGCCAUGAGGGCGCUGUACGCCUACAGCCCCCUGGAAGACAACUGGUGCCUGGUGACCCAGCUCAGCCACGAGCGGGCCAGCUGCGGUAUCGCGCCCUGCAACAACCGGCUCUACAUCACCGGCGGGCGGGACGAGAAGAAUGAGGUUAUCGCCACAGUGCUGUGCUGGGACCCCGAGGCCCAGAAACUGACAGAGGAGUGUGUCCUGCCCCGGGGCGUGUCGCACCAUGGCAGUGUCACCAUCAGGAAGUCGUACACCCACAUUCGCAGGAUCGUGCCUGGAGCAGUGUCUGUCUGACGGCAGGAUGGGGAGCUGGAGAGCCCCCCAGAUCCUCAGCGUGCCCGCCUCACCUCUCACCCUCCUCCAGCUCCACUUCAGGCCGCAGGCUCGAGUUUGAGGCCAUGCAUCAGGAGAUCCCCUUGACUCACUUUGGGAGAACCUUGGAAGUCACAGUUUGGGGUCACUUGAGACUGGCCAGGAAUGUUUGCAUGACCUACCUCAGGAGGGGAGGUGAGGAAGAGUAAUAUUUAGCAUUCAGGACCCACCCACCCUAUGCUGGCUUCUGUGCCAGGCACUUCCUUAUAUGGGUUCAUUUAACCCGGUGAGUGGCUCUUAUCACUUCUAGUUUACAGGUGAGGGAACAGAGCUUCACAGAGGCUAAGUGGCAUGUCCCUGAUCACUCAGAUAGCAAGUAGCUACCCCAGGAGUCUAAAACCCAGGUCUUUCAGCUCCGAAGUCAAUGCUCUUUCCACCAUGCUGCCUAUCUCAGGCAGGAAAAACAAACAAAAAACCAAAACCAAAACCUGGCUCAUGCCGGGUGCAGUGGCUCACGCCUGUAAUCCCACACUAUGGGAGGCCAAGGCGGGUGGAUGACCUGAGGUCAGGAGUUCGAGACCAGCCUGGCCAACAUGGUGAGACUCCCCCUCCCCCCGCCGUCUCUACUAAAAAUACAAAAUUAGCCUGGUGCAGUGGCAGGCGCCUGUAAUUCCAACUAUUCAGGAGGCUGAGGCAGGAGGAUCACUGGAACAUGGGAGGUGGAGGUUGCAGUGGACCGAGAUGGUGACACUGCACUGCAGUCCAGGCAACAAAAGUGAAACUCUAUCUCAAAAACAAACACAAAAACAAAAACAAAGACAAAGAAACUUGGCUCACUUCUUGUUUCGGCAAGUCUGCUAAAAGAUUCACUCAGCACGGCAGGGAAAUAAAGGUGUUUCCUGUUUUCUUUCCUUUUCUUUUUUAUUCUGCAUCCUCCCUCGUCCCGCCCUUUACCAAAAUUUAAACCAAGGAGUCAUUUGGGCUCCUUGCCAAGAAUAUCUCAUAGGUUCUUCCACUUGAAAGGUCUGGGGGAUGGGUUUGGGAAGGCCUGUUUGCUUUGAAAGAGAUGAAAGAUGAAAUACUUGUGUUCUUUUAUUAUUAUUUUUUUUUGAGAUGAAGUCGCCCAGGCUGGAGUGCAGUGGCAUGAUCUUGGCUCACUACAACCUCUGUCGUCCUGGUUCAAGUGAUUCUCCUGCCUCAGCCACCUGAGUAGCUGGGAUUACAGGCACCUGCCACCACACCCAGCUAAUUUUUGUAGUUUUAGUAGAGACGGGGUUUCACCAUCUUGGCCAAGCUGGUCUUGAAUGCCUGACCUUGUGAUCCGCCCUCCUCGGCCUCCCAAGUGUGAGUCGUGGACCGGCCUUUUCUUUUUUUUAAUGAUCGUAAGCUGGCCCAUUCUGGACCAGAAUUGUCAUUGCCAGACAGAAUUGUACCUUUAGCACAGUCUGGUUCCCUGGCCUCUUAGUGUUCAUCAGUUGUACUGCAAUGUAGAAAAGAUGUUUCUAGAGACUUAAACUACUGUUUUAUUUAAAAAAGUAAACACCUGAACACAGCUGGCCUCCAUAGGAACGACAGAUUCUCCUUGAUGGUACACUUUAUAGUUUUUGGACAGUGAUUUAGGUCCACCUUCCUGAUACCCCAUCCUCCUGAAGCCUUCAUUUUCAGGACUUUUAAAAAGCACUUCUACUUGUUUUUUUGAUCAGUGUAGCUCAAGUGUGUCCUUCACUGUAAGAGCUAGAGCUUCCAAAUGAGCUCACUGGAAAUUCAUUCUAAUCCCCAAGCUGGAGAAACAGGUUAAGAGAUCCUGUUUCAUACACUGUAUUUAAAAAGCAACAAUGAUAACAACAUAGUAACUGCAUUACCCAAUGGAUUUUAUUUUCAUCAUAUGAUUUCAAUUCUCUUUAUAGAGUUUUAUUUCAUGUCCAGUGUGGCCUGUUCUUCUCAGCCGUUUGGGAAGUUAGAGUUAUUAGAGUUGACAGUGAACUUAAUUUUCAUUAAACAGUCAUGGUUAGAAGAAGCUAAUAUUUGAAACAGAUUGCAAAACCUUGAAAAAUUACAGGUGAGAUUUCUGUUUGUGCCAGAUUAUUGAAGAUAAAUAUAAAUGUAUGUUGGUGUGUGAAAGGCUCUGUGCCUUAGAGGCAUGACAGUUCAGCUCUCUGCUGUGGAAAGUAACACAGGCCAAUAGAAGCAUAUUUGUGGAAUUUUAGAACAAACUAUGGCUGACUCGUGAGCACUGUAAUAACCAUCAGGAAGCUCCCAACUGAAACAAUGUAACAAUGUAAUCUAGUUCAAUUCAGCAAACAUUCAUGGGUGCUUCAUGUCUGCCAAGCCUUGAGGACACCCAUGAAUGGCAAAUCUCCAUGCUGGACACUCGAAAUGGGUAAACAGGCCACCAGUUAAUCCUUUUGUUUUUCUUUUCUUCAAGUUAGCUAAAAAUGAGAUGUAUAUGAAGUGAUGAGGCUGGAUCCAAGUCUUGAUUGCCUUUCAGGGGGUCAUGGCGGUAAGCUGUGCAGUAAAGUCAACCAGUGGCCAUUGCUUACAUGUUUGUCUUUUCAGGGAGCAGAUGGUGGUCCUUUGAUAAGACCCAUUGGCAAACUUCGUACCCAUCAGCAGGUCAACCCUAUGCUGGGAAAGUGAGGAUUUGGGAUUUCUGUGCUAUCAACCUGAUUCUAAAUGUAGGACCCAAGUUUCUGGACUACAUCAGAAUACCUAAAUGAAUCACGGAAUCACUCUUUAUGAUUUUUUACAACACCAGAUAUGCAGGUGAAUUGUGGAAAAUUUCAUGUAGCUGACACCCAGGAAAUGGGGAGUCCUAAUAAUGACAUCGGGUAGGGAACAGAUACACCUUGUUAGAAGAUUGAGGGUUCUGUAUUUGAAGUUGUCAGUCUGUAGCUCUUCGAGAAAGAAAGUUCAAGUCAUUUGGGGGAAACUUAAGUAUAGUCAUCAGGCUUUUAGCUUCUAGCCACUAGCCAGGGAUGAGAGCUUCUAAAAUCUAAAAUUCAUUCUAAGAAAUAAAGACAAACACAUUUGCAGGAAGGUAACUGUUGCAACCCACACCAUCAGUAGGGGGAAAACCAAGCCGAGAAUGAACCCAGGAGAACCCUCGGACUCAGGCAGGACAUGGCAGGAUGUUCUGGCUCAGCAGACUGGAGACUGAGGCAGGGCCUGCGAGUGGACAGAGCAUCCCUGGCUGGGAAGAAGAAGAUGGGGUGGGAGGAGGUCAGGUUCCAAGGGUGCAGGUCUGGAAAAUGAUAUCAGAGGCCCUGGAGUUUGUGAGCUUGACUCUAGUCCCAAGAAGGGUAAGGGAGAAUAAGGGUAAGGGAGAAUUUCAGGCAAGGAAAUAAUGAAGGAACCCACUUCUUAGAGCAGAGGCACAAGUUAGAGCAGGCACAGCAUUGGGCCAACUUGCUUUGGGGCCUCUGAGCUGCUCAGCUGGGUCUCCUGUCCUAGAGGGAAGGUGGCCCAGAGUCUUUGGUGGAGCAGAAUCUGUAGAUGACGUUGAGGGACUCCAGUUGCCAAGGUUGAUCUGAAACAGGCAGGGAGCUAAGCUUAUCAGAACACCAGUAGAUUCAUGUUCUCAGCUUUCAUCUAUUCUGGUCUCAAUGGCUUCGGAAAACAUACACAUACACAUACACUGUGUCACUGAACUCAAAGCAAACUAUGCUCUCAGGGAAAUACAAAUAUCAUAUUCUUAUAGCUGUAAAAUAGUAUAGCUUAGCUAUUUAGAGAAGUUUUUGAGGUACUGUUGUUAUUUACUUGUCCUGUUUUAUUUUGAAAAAUGAAAGCACUCAAUAGAAUUUUUAAGGUUGAUAACACCACAGUGAUUUGUUAUGUAAGUCCCAACUUGGAGUUGCAAAAUCAUUUUUUCCCUUAAUACCUGGGUGUUGCAUUAGAUCUCAUAAUUUGAAGAGACAACCUUUAUAGAAAUCCACAUAUAUCUCAAAUAUGGCUACUGCAAAACCAGUUUUGACAGGUCAGAUUUUCAUAUGUGUAGGUAUAAAUAGCCAACACUCUGUGAACAAAAUCUUUUAAGCAUUUUGGUUACAUAAAGUUGUAUAUUUUCAGUGAUCAAACUAAGGAUAUUGUUUAUAGGUUUUAAAAACCAAACCAAUUAAGUUUUUAUUUAUUCAAUAAAAUAUGUACAGAACAGA